UUUUGGAGGGAUGAGACGGACCAAGCCAAAGCGUCCUUUGACGUAAGUAGUGACGUUUACUCCAUUCAGGUCUUCUUCUCUGUAAAACCUCAGCUUCCCUCUCCACUUUUCCUUCCAAAUCUUCAACACUUUUGACACUGCAGCUCAGACUCAGCCACUGAUCACAAUUGUAACCAAAAUGUCGAGCUCUCAGUGCUUUCAGAACGCACCAACCUUGAGCUCAACCUGUGGAGCAGGGACAGUCCAAGAGUUUGGAGGCCUUCAAACUUAUGUCACUGGCUCUCCUCAUUCUAAGCUUGCCAUCCUUCUUCUUUCCGAUGGUUUUGGCUAUGAAGCACCAAAUUUCAGGAAACUAGCUGACAAGGUUGCAGCAGCUGGCUUCUUUGUGGUAGUUCCUGAUUUUUUGCAUGGUGACUCUGUCACUGAUCUUAGUGACCCUAAAUUUGAUCAAGACACCUGGAUGAAAGCUCACAACACAGAAAAAGGAUUUGAAGAUGCCAAACCUGUGAUUGAAGCUUUGAAGAGUAAAGGAUUCUCUGCCAUAGGGGCUGCAGGUUUUUGUUGGGGAGCAAUGGUAUUGGUCAAAUUAGCAAGUUCUACUGACCUUCAGGCUGCGGUCUUGUUGCAUCCUGGACGGAUCACAGAAGAUGAAAUCAAUAAUGUUAAGAUUCCUAUUUCAAUAUUGGGAGCUGAGAUCGACCAUUCUUCCCCACCUGAACAAUUGAAACAAUUUGGAAAGAAGUUGUCAGAAAAAUCUGAGUUUGAUAGCUUUGUGAAGAUAUAUCCUGGUGUGGCUCAUGGAUGGACAGUGAGGUACAAUGUUGACGAUGAGUCAGCUGUCAAGAGUGCUGAAGAGGCCCAUUUGGACAUGUUAAAUUGGUUUACCAAGUAUGUCAAGUGAAAAUUUGUUUAUACAUGAAAGAGAAAUGUGAGGGUUGAAAUAACGUAAGGUAAUGUGGCUAGAAGACGGGUAAUUAUCUAUGUAUUAUAUGCAGAAAUUAGUGUCUUUGUUUCACCUAAAAGCUUGUACUUUAGUAGUAUUGUUUGGUCUUUCUAGUGAAAAGAACCAAGAUUUGAAUCCCCCUCUGUCACUUGUUGCAAUAAUUGGCUUAUCAAAAAAAAAAAAGAUUAGCACCCUUGUUUCAGAAAUUUGGUAAUAAUUACUUAUGGCUGAUUAUUUUACUUA